GGCAGUUCAACUCGAAAAAUAAAACCUACCUACACAUAACAAAACUAUUCAACUUGAUAAACUUUUAUUUGUUUGCUUUUAAUGACUUUUCGUUUCAUAUAAGUAUCAAUUAAUACCUAUACAAUAUUUUACUUAAUAAAUUUGAACUGUAGAUAUUUUUAUUUUGUCUUUUUAUUACCUAACUACCAUAUCAAGAAUUCACCAUGAUCAGAGGAAUAAUCGUGAGUAUAUAAUUAUAUGAAUAUUAUAUAAUUCCAUUAUUAUAAUUCUAUGUGUAUUGAUCUUGAUUUUCGAUCUUUUUAUAAUCUACCCACCUAUCUACACGUUAUAGGUAACAAGGUAACAGGAAUUAUACUCACUGCGUGCUCUAAAAGCCAGAUUAUUUUCAAAGGCAUAUGUAUACAAAUCAAAUAUCUAACGUCUACUAGAAAAUAAAUGUAUCGUUCAUUGGGAUACCUAACAUAAUAUAGGUACUUUAAUGACUGAACAUUUACCAUAGGUAUAUAACUCAUAACCACGAUGUAGGUAAUAGGGACAAUCGUGUACCUACAUCGUGCUAUGUUUUAGAUUCUGAGUGGAGCGAAGAAGCUUAUGGUUUUACAAAGAUGUUUAUUAUUAUUCUUUUUUCAUGUGAACACUUCCUACUAGAAAGCUUACUUCGAUGUAUACGACGUAGACCCUUUUCUAAAGGAAAUUUUCUUGGUGUAGUACUUUAAGGAGAUCACUUUUAUCACAGAAAUUUUCUCAACAAAUGUGAAAAAUCGAAAAAAAAAACUGGAAAAUGUACGAAAUAAAGGUAUUAGUUAACAUAUAUUACGACUUUCUUUUUUCCUAUGAACAACUUUUUUAUCAGCAAUAUUGCUCCGAUUUGGAAUGAUAGCACUUUUUCUGAAAGGGAAUUUGACUGGGAAGAUAUUUUAGUUGGAUUAUUUUUUGAUUUUCUUAGGAGUUUUCUUAAAAAAUGUGAAAAACCAGGAAAAAAAAACGGGAAAAUCUGUAAAAUAUUAAACGAAUAUUAAAGAAAAUAUAUAAUGUUUAUUUAAUUAUAUUCCCAUAAUAUGACAUAGAUAUACAUAUAUACCUAUGUUUUUUCAACAAUAGUUGACAAAGUAUCACUAUCAGCUAAACUCCGCUCAGAAUAGUUUUUUCGUUAGCAAUGAUUUAUCGUUGCUACAGAUAUACAUUUAAUUUUCUUCUGUGUACUACCAUUCCAACUUCCAUCUAGAACAGUGGCUGCACACACAUGCGAAGUAGGUAUGUCAGUCUUUUUAACAUUUAUGUGCAUAAAAUUGUUAAGUAAAACAAAGAUGUUAGCAAAUUUAAAACGGGAUCCAUUAUAAGUUUUAACUAGUGGUUCGUAGAAAAUGCUUCAUCUUUAAAGUGGAUGUUAAAAUGUUAAAAAUAAUUUUCAUAUUACAAAAUCGUAUUCCACUAUCGUAGAGAAAACCAAUCUGAAAACGUGCCUGCAUCCCACUUAUUAAUAAUAGCUUUCACAUCUUCACAAUUCAAAAGGUAUUAUUUUAAUGCGUGUAUUGUAUACUUUGUAGGCCAUUAUUUUCGCAGUCCAAGCCACAGCGUUGGGCGGUGCUCGAUACCCGUCGGGCCUGAACCCAGCUUUGUGUCCUAACUACCCGCAUUGCGACAACGCGCUGCUGGCCGCGUACGUCCAAACCGACGCGGGAACCGAAUAUAGUGAUGACCGUGACCAGCAUCGGUAUAACGGCAACGAUGGCCAAUAUCAGCACCAUCCCUACCAAGCCGGGUCCGCCAGCUCUUACAAUAACCGCCAACCACUAGCCAACUUACCGUACACCGAACCCGGUUACCCGGCCGGUCUCUCUUCGUCUAGCUGCCCAAACUAUCCGUACUGCUCACACCACGUGCCGGCCGAAGCGCACAAGUAUGGACCGCUCAAAAGGUACCCGGCUGGCAUCACCCCACAAAACUGCCCCAACUACCCUUACUGCUAUUAAUUUCGAUGAUAAAAUUAGUUUUAAAACUUGAAUAUUAUUAUAGAAAUUUAGGUUAGCCUGAUCACAAAACAGUAUUAAAUUAAUGUAGUAUUCAAACUAUUAUAACUAUUAUUUUUAGUAAAGUUAUAUUGAGUUUACUUCUUGG